AAAAUUAGUGAAUACAUUUUAUACACACACACACACGGUGCUCUCGUAUUGAAAACACUACGAUCACAUCUAAUCAGAAAAGAUAUCUCGCGAGCCUUUUUGAGCGAACUAUACGCUGAAUAAGAGAUACAUUUUUAAUGAUCAAAACAAUUUGAGGGCCUUAAAUUGCGGUGAUAGAAAUGAGCAAUCGUGUAGUAGGACGGCCUCAGAGGAUUUACUUACAGACACCGGAAAAUGGCACACUUUUACUUGGGCUACAGGAUUUCUCUGAUAACAACAACCAUUCAGAAGUCUGUAUUGUACAAGGCCAUGAGGUUUAUGUCCUGGCUGAUGGUGAUGGCUCUAGCUGUGAUGAAAGGAAUGAAUUGUGUCCGGUUAGCCAUCUAGAACUUCGGGUUAUUGAAGACGGGGAUGGUGAGGAUGGCCACAAGGGUCCUACUCAAGAUGAAGAACUAACUUCACUCUCUUGGCUACAAAACACCAAUCUCCUUCAGAGCAUCAACUUGAAAGCAGCAGCUGAACAGAAGACAAUUAUUUUGGAGAAGAAACCGUCAGCAGUUGUUAAGCCAAUUGAACCUGCAAAUCUUCCACUAGAGAGUGAUGAAACUGAAAGCAGUUGGGAUGGUAGCAAUCUCAGUUACACGGAUGUUUCCCCAUCUCAGUCGUCACAACCGCUAAACCAGGCAGCAUUUCAGCAUUCGAAUAACGGCGACGAAUCCUCCAGCAAGCCACCCCACUCCUUCUCUACCUUAAUAUUUUUAGCCAUAGAAUCAUCGUCCACCAAAGCCCUGCCUGUUCGUGAUAUCUACUCGUGGAUAACUCAACAUUUUCCUUAUUAUCGAAGUGCACCACUCGGUUGGAAAAAUUCUGUACGACAUAAUUUAUCGCUCAACAAAUGUUUCUAUAAAGUCGAGUGUGGUCUGAAUUUGAGUAAAGGAUCGUUUUGGAUGGUUGAUCCGCUACAUCGACCCCAAUUGAUUCAGUCUCUUUGCAAAGUUUCCUACAUCAAAGCAGACCUGAUCCAAGAACUGAUGAAAGAAACAACUCCACCUGUCAAUUUGAUAGCCAAUUUGCCAAUCAAGACAAAGGAUCUUCCAGAGCUGCAAGAGAGCGCUGUUAAACAAACGUACAAAACAGUUUCUCCGCCUUCUUCUUCGUCGUCGUCCUCCGUUCGUUCAAGCGCUAAUCUGCCUGAUCCUAAACUCUUCCCCUUUCUGAGUCGUCGUCUAGCCUUCAACACGAUAGCUGAUCCUGACGUAGAAGUGAACGCAGCCAAAGCCAUGUUGUCGUUGGGACAAAGUCAUCUCAUGAACAAUAACCAUGUCGAAUCAGAUUGUGGAGGAACCAACGAAUCAUCGAGUAGUCAAUCGUCUCCUUCUGAUGAUCACACGUACAGUUUCAGUCCUCGGCCUGUUGCCAAACCCUUACCGCGAAAGCUUCAUCCUCCUUUGAAAAGGGAACGGCCUAUUGAACAGAAACUGGCCGAGCAUGUUCCGGACAUGGUUCGUGAACUUGAAAUCAGUAGCACUGAAGCCGUCUCUAACGACAGUAGUCAAUCUCCCAAGCCUGCCAAGCUAAAUCGAGCUUCAGCUUCAGCUAAAUCGACCAAAACAUCAAAUGGACUUGGUCGUGGCAGAGGUCGAGGCCGUGGUCGUGGCAGGGGCCGCGCUAAAUGUAGAUAAAAUCGAGCCUUUCUUUUUAAUUUCACUACCACACUCUAUUCACUCUCUUUGGCACUCAGCAAUAUUUAAAAUAAAAGAUAAAUUUAGGUUGAAAAAUAGUUAAAAGAAGAAAAAAAAAUACGAUUCGGGAAUGGUAGUCUAACGUUUGUGAAUGUUUGUUUGAUUUAUAUCACUUGGACUCGGCCAACGCAGGGGUUCUGUCGCGUUGUAAUGAAGGAUAAGCUGUCUUAUCUUCCCUAUGCAUCAACCGUGCAGAAAUAACAUUUGCGUCGCGUUUGAAAGUUUUGCGUGUUUUCCUGUUUUGGGCUUAUAUAGUUGGUUUUCGACUAGUCUUCCUUGUUAUUACUUGAUGAAAAAUGCUCCUUAUUAUAUAUACAGAAAUAUACGAUAGAGACAUUUUGGCCAAUUUAAAA